CACAGUCGUGCAGUAGAGCUACGCUGUACAACGUGGCAGAGCGUCACAAACCUUUGGAGUGAGUGCAGUUCAUUGCUUGAUGGCUCUGCCACCUCCGGAUCCGCAGUUUGUUCUCAGAGGUACCAGUGCUGCAGUCCACACUCUGCAUUUUUCCUGUGCCAGCCAAGAACCCGAUGUCCCCAUUCUUUUCUCUGGGUCUGAGAAUGGGUUCAUCCAUGUCUGGAACCUGAAAACACACCGAGUGGACACAGCACUGGAUGGCCACGGAAGAAAAUCUGUCUACUGCGUGGAGACAAUGGGUGGUAAAACCAGGCUCCUCAGUCAGGGUCGUGACCAGAGGAUCUGCUUGUGGGACUUAGCAGAGGGACGGACUUCAGUGACAGAUUCUGUCUUCACGGAGAAUGUGGGAUUCUGCAGAUGCUCUCUGUUAAAGGUGGCACAGGGACGCUGGCUAAUGGCCACGGCAGCCAAAGCCCUGGAGGAGGUUCAGGUUUUGGAGCUGCCAUCCAAGACGUCAGUCUGUACCUUGAAGCCAGAGGUGGGUGCCAAGCUGGGCAUGCCCAUGUGUCUGAAAUUAUGGCAGCUCAACUGUGGUUCACAACCUUUGCUUCUGGCCGGCUAUGAAGAUGGAUCAGUGGUCCUUUGGAAUUUGUCAAUGGGAAGAGUGUUGAGCCAACUUGUUUGCCACCAGGAGCCAGUGAUGAGCCUUGACUUUGACUCGGAGAAGACCAAGGGGAUCUCAGGCUCAUCUGAAAAGGUGCUUAGCAUCUGGAGCCUCAAUGAGCAACAGAACCUCCAGGUUUACAAAACACACAAACUUGUCAACGCCGGCGUAUCUGAUAUCACCAUCCGUCCAGACAAGAAGAUUUUAGCCACAGCAGGGUGGGAUCAUCGCAUCAGGAUCUUUGGCUGGAAAAAACUGAAGCCCUUAGCAGUGCUGGACUACCACACAGCAACUGUCCAUUGUGUGUCCUUCUCAGAUCACAGAAACCCCAGUGAGAGACUGCUGGCAGCUGGCUCAAAAGAUCACCGCAUCAGUAUCUGGUCAAUGUAUACUCAGACGUGACAUGUUCUGCACUGUCAUGGACUAGGAAAACAGGAUUGGUGAAGCAAUUCUUUACACUGUAAUUCAAACCUGGAUGUGGGGAAGUAGCAGGAUGUAUUUCCAGGCUGAAGUGAGAGUCCUAGGCUAAUUUUUGUGCUGCUUGUUCAAGCUGCCAAGUUUUGUUUUCCAGAGAGAGAAAUGGAUUUUUAAAAUUCCUAACAAGCAGAGCAAGGCCAGUCACAAACGAAGACAUGGAACAAGUCACUCUGAGUUCUGCUACAGGUUUUGCAACAGCUUUUCUUUGGCAGGUUGCUUAAAUAACUUGUGCCAACAUCUUCUUUUGUGAAAAAGGACUGGAAUCCCUCAGACUGCAGUGGGGGCACAAUACGUCUGUUUGUGAGUCAUUUAUGUAUCCAAGAAUUUGAAUCAGUGUAAAUUAUCACUCUUUCUUGAAAAGUUAUACCCAUUAAACCACCUCCAGUGGUUUCUCAUUGUCAGUUACUUUUUCUUCCCCAUAACUGAAAGGCUAUCAGAACAACCUUGAUUUGUUCACACUUCUGUCAGUUUCUAACUUAAACCAACAGCCAGGAAUGUGGCAAGGGAAGGCCUUUGGCAUUUAUGAAUUUCAUUAUGUCUCCUGUCACCUCAAGCCUCACAAUUAAUCACAAGAAAGAAAGGGGAAAAAUCUUCCCCUGCACUGCACUGCAAAGCUAUGUAAAGCCUUUUACAGAGCCAGUGCUAAAUCCGUUCUAUAGACAGACUAGCUGAAGGAUUUAAACUCAGCAAUCCAAUUAGCGCCCUUCUCCUUGGAGAGUUAGGGGUAAGUUUCAGCAUGGCAAGUCUGGGAUUCAGCUACGCAACUCCCAUUAACAUUUAGGAGAACUGCAUGGAUAAAUCCCUAUCCACAGAGUGCAAAUGGCUCUGUUAACUUAUCAUCUCUACAGUCAUGGAAGCUGAAAUUCAUUCAUGAAGGGGUUUUUUUUGUUUGAAUAAUGAAGCUGCAUUUGC